UUACUGCAUAUAAUGGUAAUCCAUCAUUGUUGGAUUACUCUUCAACUAAGGGCGCAAUCGUUUCAUUCACCAGAAGCUUAUCCCUUCAAUUAGCUGAUCGUUGUAUUCGUGUUAAUGCUGUUGCCCCUGGUCCAAUCUGGACACCACUUAUUAAAGCAUCAUUUUCACCUGAAGUAAUGGAAAAAUUUGGCUCUAGU